AAAAGCCGCCGCCGGGCGGAGGAGCGGUGCCAGUGUGGGGUGGGCACUACCAGGGGGAGGCAGGAGGGCAGCGAGUUCGAGUCCCGCCUCCGCCAGCCUGAAGCGGGAGUCGCUGCUCCGGGCUGCUGCGAUCUGCUGAGGGACGAGGGGAAGGCCCGCGGGGGUGGCUGUGUUCUUCUUUUUUUUAAAGUUAUUUUAUUAUUUUUUUUAAUCUCUUUCGCGGAGGCCGCUGUUUUCUCUGCGGGGCGUCAGCCCGCAGGGACAGAGUUUGCCAGGAGUUUGUGCUGACUUCGGGCCCCGGCCCCCCGCCCCGCCGCCGCCAUGCCCGUCUUCCACACACGCACCAUCGAGAGCAUCCUGGAGCCGGUGGCCCAGCAGAUCUCCCACCUGGUCAUUAUGCAUGAGGAGGGAGAGGUGGACGGCAAGGCCAUUCCGGACCUCACCGCCCCCGUGUCGGCCGUGCAGGCCGCUGUCAGCAACCUGGUGCGGGUUGGAAAAGAGACUGUGCAGACAACAGAAGACCAGAUCUUGAAAAGGGAUAUGCCACCAGCAUUUAUCAAAGUGGAGAACGCCUGCACCAAACUUGUUCGGGCAGCCCAGAUGCUGCAAGCAGAUCCUUAUUCAGUACCAGCUCGUGACUAUCUAAUUGAUGGAUCAAGAGGCAUUCUUUCUGGAACGUCAGACUUACUUUUGACAUUUGAUGAAGCAGAGGUCCGUAAAAUCAUCCGUGUCUGCAAAGGAAUAUUGGAAUAUCUGACUGUGGCGGAAGUAGUAGAGACUAUGGAGGAUUUGGUGACAUACACAAAGAAUCUAGGGCCAGGAAUGACAAAGAUGGCCAAAAUGAUUGAUGAGAGACAACAGGAAUUAACUCAUCAGGAACACAGGGUUAUGCUGGUAAACUCUAUGAAUACCGUGAAGGAGCUAUUGCCAGUACUUAUUUCAGCUAUGAAGAUUUUUGUAACCACGAAAAAUUCUAAAAGCCAGGGAAUAGAAGAGGCCUUGAAAAACCGCAAUUUUACAGUAGAGAAAAUGAGUGCUGAGAUAAAUGAAAUAAUCCGUGUAUUACAACUCACUUCCUGGGAUGAAGAUGCCUGGGCAAGCAAGGACACUGAAGCCAUGAAAAGAGCUUUAGCCUUAAUAGAUUCAAAGAUGAAUCAGGCAAAAGGUUGGCUGAGAGAUCCGAAUGCACCUCCAGGUGAUGUUGGUGAGCAGGCAAUCAGGCAGAUCCUUGAUGAAGCGGGAAAAGCAGGAGAACUGUGUGCAGGCAAAGAACGCAGAGAGAUUCUGGGAACAUGCAAAACUCUGGGCCAGAUGACUGAUCAACUGGCAGACCUCCGAGCAAGAGGGCAGGGUGCGACACCCAUGGCUAUGCAGAAAGCACAGCAGGUCUCUCAAGGUCUGGAUUUGCUCACUGCAAAAGUGGAGAAUGCAGCCCGCAAACUGGAGGCCAUGACGAACUCGAAGCAGGCAAUUGCUAAGAAGAUUGAUGCUGCUCAGAAUUGGCUUGCAGACCCUAAUGGGGGCAGCGAAGGAGAAGAAUGUAUUCGGGGAAUUAUGGCUGAAGCGAGGAAAGUCGCAGAAUUAUGUGAGGAGCCUAAAGAAAGAGAUGAUAUUCUUCGUUCCUUGGGUGAAAUCUCUGCUUUGACAGCUAAGCUGUCAGAUCUGCGACGACAUGGGAAAGGUGACUCUCCUGAGGCCCGUGCAUUGGCUAAGCAAAUAGCUACAUCACUUCAGAAUUUACAGUCCAAAACAAACAGGGCUGUAGCAAAUACUAGGCCAGUUAAAGCAGCUGUCCAUUUGGAGGGAAAGAUUGAGCAAGCUCAAAGGUGGAUAGACAAUCCUACAGUUGCUGAUCGGGGAGUAGGCCAGGCAGCAAUUCGGGGUCUGGUUGCAGAAGGCCGUCGUUUAGCCAAUGUCAUGAUGGGACCCUAUCGUCAAGAUCUGCUUGCCAAAUGUGACCGUGUAGACCAACUGGCUGCCCAGCUGGCUGACCUCGCGGCCAGAGGGGAGGGAGAAUCCCCUCAGGCCAGGGCGAUUGCUGCUCAGCUUCAGGACUCGCUGAAGGACCUUAAAACACGGAUGCAAGAGGCAAUGACCCAGGAGGUUUCUGACAUUUUUAGUGACACCACAACUCCUAUUAAAUUGUUAGCAGUAGCAGCCACUGCUCCCUCUGAUGCUCCCAAUAGAGAUGAGGUGUUUGAUGAAAGAGCAGCAAACUUUGAAAAUCAUGCUGCUAGACUGGGAGCUACAGCAGAAAAAGCAGCUGCAGUUGGAACUGCGAAUAAAACUACUGUGGAGGGCAUUCAGGCGACAGUGAAAUCGGCAAGGGAACUUACCCCGCAGGUAGUAUCAGCUGCUCGUAUCCUCCUGAGAAAUCCUGGAAAUCAAGCUGCCUAUGAACAUUUUGAGACCAUGAAAAACCAAUGGAUUGAUAAUGUAGAAAAAAUGACAGGGUUAGUGGAUGAAGCCAUUGAUACUAAAUCUCUGUUGGAUGCAUCAGAAGAGGCUAUUAAGAAAGAUCUUGAUAAAUGUAAAGUUGCAAUGGCCAACAUGCAACCUCAGAUGCUGGUAGCUGGUGCCACCAGCAUUGCCAGACGAGCGAACCGCAUCCUACUGGUAGCAAAACGGGAGGUUGAAAAUUCAGAAGAUCCUAAAUUCCGGGAGGCUGUUAAAGCAGCCUCUGAUGAGCUAAGCAAAACUAUAUCACCGAUGGUAAUGGAUGCUAAAGCUGUGGCAGGAAACAUUUCUGAUCCUGGUUUGCAGAAGAGUUUCUUGGAUUCUGGAUACAGAAUUCUGGGAGCUGUGGCCAAAGUCAGAGAAGCCUUCCAGCCUCAGGAGCCAGAUUUUCCCCCUCCUCCUCCUGACCUUGAGCAGCUUCAUCUGACUGAUGAACUGGCUCCUCCAAAACCGCCACUUCCAGAAGGUGAGGUUCCCCCACCCAGACCACCACCACCUGAAGAAAAGGAUGAAGAGUUCCCAGAGCAGAAAGCAGGAGAAGCUAUUAAUCAGCCCAUGAUGAUGGCUGCUAGGCAGCUGCAUGAUGAAGCCCGGAAAUGGUCUAGCAAGCCUGAUGUGACUGUGAUUAAUGAAGCGGCUGAGGCUGGUGUAGAUAUAGCUGAGGAGGAUGAUGCAGAUGUUGAAUUCACUCUCCCCUCUGACAUUGAAGAUGAUUACGAGCCUGAGCUGCUGUUAAUGCCAACCAAUCAGCCUGUUAACCAGCCCAUUCUGGCUGCUGCUCAGUCUCUACAUCGGGAAGCAACCAAGUGGUCUAGUAAGGGUAAUGACAUCAUUGCUGCCGCUAAACGAAUGGCGCUGCUAAUGGCAGAGAUGUCGCGCCUGGUGAGAGGAGGCAGUGGAAACAAGCGCGCCCUUAUUCAGUGCGCGAAGGAUAUUGCUAAGGCGUCGGAUGAAGUCACUCGAUUAGCCAAAGAGGUGGCAAAGCAGUGCACUGACAAGCGCAUAAGAACAAACCUCUUGCAGGUCUGUGAGCGAAUCCCAACCAUCAGCACACAACUGAAAAUUCUCUCCACUGUCAAAGCUACCAUGCUGGGCAGAACCAACAUCAGCGAUGAAGAGUCGGAGCAGGCAACGGAGAUGUUGGUUCAUAAUGCCCAGAACCUCAUGCAGUCUGUGAAGGAAACUGUGAGAGAAGCUGAAGCAGCGUCCAUUAAGAUAAGAACAGAUGCUGGAUUCACUCUUCGCUGGGUCAGAAAGACCCCUUGGUAUCAGUAAACACCACAGGAGUAUCGUUUUCUGUAACAUAAAAUGCCUUUUUUUUUUGGAAACAGAAGAGAUACAGUCACGGCAGCAGGUGCUGUAUACGUGAGCUUAAGAUUAGUUUAUGCUGAUGCCCCAUUCUAAGGGUGUGAAUUAUAAGAGAAUGCAUUUCAAAUGUCUUCGGAACGCGUUUGAUAUCAAACACCUCAAAACUGCUUCCGACAGUAGACAGUUCUUAUCCUUUAUCUUUUUUUUUUCCUUUUGAAGAGUCUCUUCAUGAGUUCCGUACUCCCAGAAGCACAUUUCAUUUAUGCACUGUGUAUUCCAGUAGUUCCCACAUGAUGAUAUAAAACGUGGACCUCACUUUAAGCUUAGUGAUGAGAGUCUAGGACACGACUGGUUACUUGGCAGGUUUUUUUAGGGACGAUCGAUACAGAAACAUUCAACUUUUCCACAGGAUUUUAGCUGGCUGUUCUUAAACCAUGCAGAAAUGAUGGAAGGUGUGUGUGGGUUCAUUUAAAGGAGGGGCAGCAGAACAGUUGUAAACCGAGGACUAAAAUUCCAUGUCUGAAAUGGUAUUUUUUUGCUUUUGAUUUUUGCAUGGCAACAGUACUUUUGACAAAAACUGGAGCUGUCUUUGUCAGCCCCCCAUCACCUUGUGGGUAGGCGCUCCAGGGCUCUUGGUCCGUACUGAAAUGCGUCGCCAGGGAUGUUGGUGGCACACUGUUGGCAGCUUGAGCCUUACAGCUGGAGACCUUAAAUCAUGGAACUCUUCCCUUCUUGCUCAGUUCAGCAAUGCAUUGAGCUGAAAACUCCUGGUUCCCUUAAGGUAGCUGCAUGUCCAGGACCAGAAUAUGCCCAAUGCUCCAGUGCUGGCUCUUUCCUUUUGAAAACCAAAUGAGCACAAGCAGUUAAUUCUUUUUUAACUCUUCCCUCCAUCUAAUGUUACUCCAGCCACUCAAGGCGGGAAUCGAAAGAUCGUCAAUUGAAAAAGAGCUUUUGCUUCACUGCCCUUGUUUACAACAAUGCAUGAGCUUUCUGAAAGCCAAGCGCUGCAGGGCCAUGAAACCCUUUCCAGGUAGUCUGAUGGCUACCAGCAAACAGUGGUUCCUAGGGCUGAACGUACUGGGGGAUUUUUACUGGUCUUGACAGCGGGAGUUUGGAGGCUCAGAAUCUUUAUCAAGUUCUAUUAAUAGUGAAUCGAACAAAGUGUUUACUGUAUCUUUAAAAAACCCCAGACAAAAUGACAAUAAAAAAACCCCAAACAACCCUCCAGUUACUAAAAUAGUCUUGGGGGGUGUUCUUAUCCUUCCGUAACUGAACAUGCCUUCACACAUACGAAUAUAUAUUCACACACACAUUCUUUUAAUUGCUCUGCAGCCUCUUUUGGCAUUUGACAGAACGGAGAAUUAUUUUAGCACGAGUCUCCGUACACGUGCGAGGAACGCUUUGCCCAGACCCGCUGCCCUCUGCAUUCCCUGGCAAUCGUGGCACGAUCAGACCCACUCUUAACAGAAGUGCCCUCGUGGAAAAACUGCUCAGUGGCAGCAGCUGGAAGGAAGAGCCACCGGGCAGGUGCCUGUCCUUUGCCCCUGGCAGUGUCACUCUGCCCUGGGCUCGCUCCCUGCCCCCGCCUCGAUGCACUGAUGGCUAAAAAGGGAAGUUAAAGCGAUUGCGAUAAAUCUGCCUCAAACGGAGCCGGGCAGGGGCAGUGAGCGCCUGUAACCGGCUCCGUGUGCUGGCUGUUAGGGAAUACGCGGUACCUGGGGUCUUCCCGUAGCGUUCCCUUCCUGCGGUUACCUGCAAGGGGAAGAGGGAGGCCGGGGUGCCAGAGCCUUAACCUGAAUGUCUUGCAUUUGGUUGGUUUAUACCAGCUCUCUAACAGAAUGGUGAUCUAGUAAUUUCUAUUUAAUAGUAAAUAACACUGAAUAGGUAGAGGUUAUUUUGAAGGGAUUUUCUAAAUAGUCUUCCCGUAUUACUUUUCAAUGCUCCUCAUGUUUCCCUUCCCCGCCCCCAAUUCAAGCUUCUCUGUGAGAUAUUUUUUUUUUUAGCAUCACUGUUUAGUUGCUUGACUGAUAUUAAUGCAAUAUUACUAAUGCCUUUAAUACAUAAUUUUUUAUGCCAAAGAUCAGUUUUUGUUUCUUGAGGAAUGUUUGCAGGAAAGUUAUGAAUCAUGGUUGCCUUUGAUAUUCUUCCAGAAUGUUUGCUCUAAGUUCUUGAACUGUUUUGUAGCAGCUAAGAUACUUGUCCACCUUAUGCAAUUACUGCUUUUUUGAACACUAUUGGUCUUCAGACCUGAAAUGCAGCAAAAAAUCGAAAGAGACCAUGAAUGUCACUUAGAAAUGUUUUACCACUAUAAAACUUUGUUUAUAAACCAAAAUGUAUUGUAUAGUCUAAUGUUUUCAACUUUUCUUUGGUUCUGUUGAAAGAAUAAAAAUGCAUUUGUACAAAUGUCA